AUGGUGGCUUUCGCUCGCGCUGCGCUGUCUUCGCAGCUAUCCGCCGUCGCCCGUCCAGUCUCGUUAUGCCGACGCAUCCACUCGUCUCACUUCAGAUCAGCUGUUGCACACCCAAUCACUGCUCACGGCCCUCCUCCUAAAGCCCCAGAGCUCAAGGAAAAGUCAAAACCGAAGGAGGCGGAGCUCCCAGCCCCCGAGGGUGAAGGAUCGCGAUACAACCUCACCGCUGCGUUGAGGAAGCGGUUUUGGAAAGAUGUCCAUGUGCAUGGAAAGUCAGACGAAUAUCAAGUCCUGCUGGACAAGCGACCCGUCCGAACCCCGACGAAAGAAGUCCUGACUAUUCCCUCCACAAAGCCCCACCUCGCCCACGCUAUUGCACUGGAGUGGGAUGUGAUGGCCUCCGCCCAGGAGGCUCUUAAAAGCCACCUCAUCCCUAUGACCUCCCUCGCAGCCCGCGCCACCGAUAUCGCCCGUGAAGAUGCCGAGGGCAAAAACACCACCAGAAAACAGAUUCUCACAACCGCCAUGCGUUACCUAGAUACGGAUACCCUACUCUGCUGGGAGCCCGAGCGAGAAAUGCACGUGCUGGAGCGGACGGCGGCCGAUGGAACGCCCAUCGAGAGUCUUCGCCAGAUUCAAACGAGAAUUGCCGGCAACGUCAUGAGCUUUUUGUCCACUAAGGUCUGGCCUGGCCUUGAAAUCAUCCCUAUCCUCGACGCCAAUAGCAUUCUUCCUCUCGCCCAGCCGAAGGGUACGAAAGACAGUAUCGGCACUUGGGUUUCGGGACUGUCUGCGUAUGAUCUGGCCGGUCUGGAGCGCGCAAUCAUUGCUUCCAAGAGUCUUCUCAUUGCGGUGCGCCUGGUGGUGGAAUGGAGUGAGAACUUCCGCCAUCUUCAGCGACCUGAGACGAAGAGGUUCGGUAUCGAGGAGGCGGCUGAGGCGUCGAGUCUGGAGGUGACCUGGCAGACUAACCAAUGGGGCGAGGUAGAGGAUACCCACGAUGUUGGCAAGGAAGACUUGAAGCGACAGUUGGGUAGUGUUGUGAUCUUGGUUAGUGGAGAGACUCGGUAA